AUGAUACCAGUCGACAAGAAAGUGCUCCCGCAAAACAACAAAGAAGCUGAAAUUGCAGAAAGACGAGGAAAAGCAAAGAGAAUGGCAGAAAGAGCAGCAACAAAGAAUCAAGGGCAGACAACUGAGACAGUCACUCAGGAAGGAGGGACUACUAAAGGAAUAAAACAAAACAGUUGUUUACAGGAAUCUCGAAAAACAAUUGACCAGUUGGACCGGAGUGCAAACUGCUGCCCGCGGCCUACAGCCUUGGGCAACAGCUUGCACUCCUGUCCAACAGAUCUAGAUCACCUGUUGCCCUCUACCCCAGUCAACAACUGUACAAUGUUACAAUACUAUUUAACAGCCCAUAGCGCCCUUCCUGAGGUUGACCCAGAGAGUAAAGAGAAGGAGACAGGCUUUGUGUUUAUACACAGUGUUGAGGAAAUAAAAGAAGUGAUUUGCAUUCAGGAGUUGUCACAUGAUGAUCAUGUGACCUGUGUCACAAUCAAGGAAUUGUUUGUAUUCAUGGGGAGGGAGUUGGAAGGGAUAGACCACAUUCCAGCAGGGAACAUACUGGGAAUUGGAGGUUUGGAGGACCACAUCCUGAAAUCAGCUACAGUGUCCAGUACCCUGAUGUGUCCAGCUUUCUGUGAUCUCUACUUUGAUGCUGCUCCUAUUGUCAGGGUGGCCAUAGAACCAAGUCAUACUCGUGAGUUUCCAAAAUUGGUGGAGGGUCUGAGAUUGUUGAACCAGGCUGAUCCGUGUGUUCAGGUUCUGGUUCAGGAGACAGGUGAACACGUGAUCAUCACAGCAGGAGAGGUUCAUCUACAGAGAUGUGUGGACGACCUCAGAGAAAGGUAUGCUAAGAUAGACAUUAAUGUGUUUUCACCAAUUGUCCCAUUCAGAGAAACAAUCGUCCCUCCACCAAAAACAGACAUGGUGAACGAAGCCAUCUCAGACCAACGUCAGGUCAUCAAGAAAGAUACAGAAGACGAUGAGAUCAUUGAGCCAGGCUUAGUGGAAGUCAGCACGAUCAAUGGGAGGUGUACCCUCAGAAUCAGGGCGGUGCCUCUACCGGAGGAUGUCACAGGGCUACUGGAGGAGAAUCAAAAUCUGAUAAAGACAAUGUGUCAGAUCUCCAAGGCUCAUGGUAAGGGGAGGGAAGGUCUGGAAGUCAAGCAAUCUGUGAUAGUCAUAAGUACAAAGGAGGGGCACAGUCACAUGUCAGGUCAGCUGAUCUACUGUGUGAAGGAGGGCUGUCGUAAAGCGUUCCAGACCAGACCUCAGAGACUGAUGGUAGCCAUGUAUAAGUGUAACAUACAAGCUACAGCCGAAGUCUUAGGUAGACUUUGUGGUGUCCUGGGUAAGUGGUUUGGUCGAGUUGUUGAGGACACAGUGAUGGAGGGCUCUCAGAACUUUAACAUUAAGGCCGUGCUGCCCGUGGUAGAGAGUUUUGGAUUUGCUGAGGAUGUGAGGAAGAAGACAAGUGGUUUGGCCAGUCCUCAACUGGUGUUCAGCCAUUGGGAGGUAUUGGAUGUUGACCCUUUCUGGGUGCCCACUACAGAGGAGGAAUACACUCAUUUUGGAGAAAAGGCGGACUCUGACAACAGAGCCAGACAUUAUAAGAACCAGGUCCAGAAACGGAAGGGACUCAAAGUGGACGAGAAAAUAGUGGAGCAUGCUGGACAAAGGACACUAACCAAAAUGAAAUAA